AGAACUUUAAUAUUAAUACUCAUCAAACAUAAAAAUUAAGCCUGUUCAGUUUGUAAUUACCAAGAUCGCGAUUAUAGCAUAUAAUAACAGUUUUCCAACCAUGUUGGAAUUCAAUGACUUCAAAACUGUCAGCCCCGAUGAUUUGACCGCCGCGCUGGCUUUUCAAAUUUACAAAGACUUGAAAAAUGGUAAAUCAAAUAAAUUACAUAAAUAAUUUUAUGUGAUUAUAUAGAUGUAUUCUCUACAAGAACAAGGCGCCGAUUUCACACCAAUCUACGAUGAAGACCUGGAAGUAUUUUAUUUAAUGAAGAAAGAUAGAGCGUAUGUUCCUGUUCUUCACACAAAGGAAAUUGACUUUCAAAUUCUGGAAACAUUGCAGAAAAAAUUGAACAAAACGUGAGUUUUAAAUAUCCCCAAUAUAAGUUUUAAUGGCUCAUCCAGUUUAUCCCUAUUCAGCGAUAUAUUUCUGGCUAUCGUGGACAAUACAGCCAAUAUUUUGUACUAUCAAAUUUGCGAAGGUCUCAGCGAGAAACCAGUUACCAAAAACACCAUUUAAAUUAUAGCGAUAGAUACAUUUAUUCAAAAUCAUAUCAUAAAUAUAAGUUACAGU